GCUUUAGUAUGUUACAUAGAAGAAGAAAAGCGAAAAGUCAUGGCGGCUGACAGCUUGUAAUGAGCCAACACAAACACACAAGCUUCUUGCAAGUUGGAUCUACAACCUUUAAACUUAGCCCGGGGAUAACAACUCUACCGACAAAAUGCAGAUAACUUUGAAAACCUUACAACAGCAGACGUUCAAAGUCGACAUCGAUGAAGAGGAGACGGUCAAGGCUUUGAAAGAGAAGAUCGAACAGGAGAAAGGAAAGGAACAUUUUUCAGUCGGUGGACUGAAGCUGAUAUAUGCUGGUAAAGUCCUCAGCGAUGACACAGCCCUCAAAGAAUACAAUAUCAAUGAGAAGAACUUUGUGGUCGUCAUGGUGACAAAGGCUAAAGCAGCCUCAGCCGCUCCUCAGGCUUCACCCACCUCCUCGGCUCCCAGCGCUGCGGCCUCCUCGUCCAGCUCUGACUCCACAGCAGAGCGCUCCUCUACAGACGACAAGCCAGAGGAGAGGCCGUCGGCUGCUGCAGCUGCAGCGUCCACCACUGUCGGAAGCUCUGAGGCCUCGACAAACACACUGAUUGAUGAGGCAGUUUCAAAUCUAGUGACGGGCCCAUCAUAUGAUGCCAUGGUGACCGAGAUGAUGCUUAUGGGAUACGAGAGGGAGCAGGUGGUGGCAGCUCUGAGAGCGAGCUUCAACAACCCCGACAGAGCGGUGGAGUACCUGCUCACGGGUAUUCCAGGCAGAGAUUCAGGCCUUGCAGCGGUAGUUCCUCCAGUGAGUGGAGUGUCUUCUGCACCCAUAGGUGGCAUUAGCCUUCCUGCCAACACUGGAUCUUCUCCAAGUGCUGGAGGAGGCAACCCCCUGAAUUUCCUCAGGAAUCAGCCCCAGUUCCACGUGAUGCGUCAGCUGAUCCAGCAGAAUGCUGCUCUGCUUCCUGCGCUGCUGCAGGAGAUCGGCAGGGAGAACCCCGAGCUGCUGCAGGAGAUCAGCAGCCACCAAGAGCAGUUCAUCCAGAUGCUGAAUGAACCCAACACAGAGGCGGUGCCGGCGGGGGGUGUAGCAGGAGCGGGGGGAGCAGGGGGGACUGCAGGUGAUGCGGCAGGCGGGAGUCAGAUGAGCUACAUCCAGGUCACGCCACAGGAGAAAGAGGCCAUUGAGAGGCUAAAAGCUUUAGGGUUUCCAGAAGGACUCGUUAUACAGGCGUACUUCGCCUGCGAGAAGAACGAGAACUUGGCGGCCAACUUCCUUUUACAACAGAACUUUGAAGAUGAUUAGAUCGUCGUUUUGACCUUUUUCUUAUUCCUUCUACUUUGAUUGCUUAAUAUGUGUUCAACAAGCCUGAUACAUUUCCAAGAUAAGUCAAAUGUGUAACACUGGAUCAUUAUCAGCUGGUGAACAAGAUGUUGUUGGUGAUCAGUUAUAAUGGAGGAACAAUUAAAGUACAAUACUUUUGCAUCAGAAAUCCCUUUUUUUAAACUUUAGUUAAUGAUUAUAGUUUUGCAAAAUGUGUCACAUUAUAAAUGCAGUUUGUUCGGGGCAGAUCCGAUUCAUGCACUCUUAUUGUUCUGUUUUUUUAAGUUGACAUGUAAUGGAGAUUUGAAAAAUUAAAGCUGUGCACAACAAA